AUGUCUCUGUCUGUUGCUAAAGGGCUGAAAUCAACCUCUAACAUAAGAACAAUAAGUGGAAGUGCUGAAACCCAAUCCAUUUCCUCGUCGAAACGUACAAUUACCCAGCGGGUCAGAAAGGGGUUUCCACAGAGAUCACAGAUCAGAUUAUUCACACAAACACUUAUAAACCUCAGCCACCGACCGACUGAAGGGACAACCACACAGAGAGCAGAAAAGUUAAAUCAGAGGAAAGAAGGCAUCAAAACACCACGAAGGAAGAUGAAGCAUUUGAGUGUCUUUGCUGUAACUGCUCUCCUGCUCAUCAAUGGAUGUCACUGCACCACCACCACAGACGUGACAUCUCCAGCUUCGACAUCUCCUCCAGCAUCUACAGCAUCUACAGCUUCUACAGCAUCUCCAGCGCCUCCAGCAUCUACAGCAUCUACAGCUUCUACAGCUUCUACAGCGCCUCCAGCAUCUACAGCUUCUACAGCAUCACCAGCAUCUACAGCUUCUACAGCAUCUCUAGCACCUCCAGCAUCUACAGCUUCUACAGCUUCUACAGCAUCUCCAGCAUCUACAGCAUCUACAGCAUCUACAGCUUCUACAGCUUCUACAGCAUCUCCAGCAUCUACAGCAUCACCAGCAUCUACAGCUUCUACAGCAUCUCUAGCUUCUACAGCUUCUUCAGCAUCUGCCAAUCCAACCGCUAGUGGAACCACUGCAGCCACCACUACAACCAUUACAAGAGGAGCCACGACGAUCACGGGUUCAACUACAAGUGGAGCAACAGCUACAGUCUUGUUUUCAAUCUAUCAGCUUCUCUGUGCAGGUGUUCUUACCUGGAUGCUGUCACUCAUUCAGUGGAGAGUUGGAGAUCACUGAGACUCAAUCCAGCGGAUGACUUCAUAUAUUCAUUAUUUUCCAUAUGUUUAGAAAAUAAUAGAUUUUUUGGACAUCAUGUCAAUAAUUGUUCUUCAACAUUUAUUUAUUUGUGAAUGUACGUACACCGCUAUCACACAAAGCAGAUAUUCCCUAUAAUAUCUCAAUAAGAACAAAGUGCAUUUAAAUUUAAAUUGUAACAUAUUUAGAUAAACAUUAAGUUAAUAGUAUAAGUUACAUACAUAUUUAAAGUGUCAUGUAAAGCAAAUACACCUUCUGUUUAAAAAGUGUUUUGAUAGUUUAGCAUCUGAAUAAUUGAGCAACCAAUGACAGACAAAGCAGAAUCCCAUCUGAAAGAUAAAUAUGCAUAUUCUUAUAUGUAAGGAAUAACUGAUGACGGGCCAUUGAAUUAUUAUAGAAUAAUGCACACUCGAGGUUGUGAUGUGGCCACAUCACAAAGCAUCUGUAAAGGAGAGAGCUGGAUAAGGAGUAGGCUAUGUUCUUUCCUUACAUAAUAAAAUGUAAUUUUGUGGCAAAAACAUGGAAGUAAUCUGUCGUUUUUGUUAAAUUUUACUGUAUUUAUUUUGCUUGACUAGUGUCAUUGCUUAAUAAGGGAAACCCUUCGCUCAAAUACUACUGAAGCCUUAUUGAAUCAGGCCAGUAAAAUUGGUCAGUGGUGCUCAAGUACCAUUGUGGGGCUCCUCUCUCUACACUGUAAAAUCCAAUAGUUUACCUUACUUAGAUUUAAUUAGUUAUCUUUACUUAGUUGUUAUACUUACUAGGUUUUAUUAAGUUUCAGCUACUUUCAAGGCAAAUAAAACAAUUUACUUACUGUUUUGAGUGACACUUAAAAUAUUCAAGUAGCCACAAAGGAACCAAUGACAUUAAUAAACCAGUGAGAGGCAGCAGUGCACUAAUAUGUUGCUAAUUGCCGUU